AUGGCCUCCGCAUCAACGUCGCAUCCUCCGGAGAAUCGGCCGGUGCCUGCUCCAUCGAACCCUGUUCUGCUCGCAUUGCAAGCCCAAUGGCUCUUCGCGGAUGAGGAGCUCACUCGUACACCGUCCCAACUCGAUGGAAUGAAGAUGGAAGCGGAGCAAAUCAGUCGCAGCAAGGGUGUCAAUUUCAUCACCCAAGUGGGCAUCAUGCUGAAGCUUCCGCAGCUUACUUUGGCCACCGCAGCCGUUUACAUGCACCGGUUCUUCAUGCGGUACAGUAUGGUCGACCUACCGCAACGACCGGGUAUGCAUCCGUAUCCCAUCGCAGCCACAUCAUUAUUCUUAGCAACAAAGGUGGAGGAGAAUGUCCGAAGGAUGAGAGAGAUCGUGGUGGCAUGCUGUCGAGUGGCACAAAAGCAACCGAAUCUGGUCGUGGAUGAGCAGUCCAAGGAGUUUUGGAAAUGGCGGGACACAAUUUUACAUCAUGAGGACUUACUCUUGGAAGCGCUCUGCUUUGACUUGCAGCUCGAACAGCCCUACCGCAUCCUCUACGAUUUCAUCUGCUUCUUUGGAGUCAACGAAAACAAGCCGCUCCGUAACGCCGCGUGGGCUUUCGUCAACGACUCCAUGUUCACUGUUCUCUGCCUCCAGUUCAGCCCGCGGAUCAUUGCAGCUGCCGCUCUUUAUGCUGCCGCGCGACACUGCAGCGUGGGCUUCCAGGAUGAUGACCUCGGGCGGCCGUGGUGGGAGCAGAUCGACGUGGAUCUGAGCGAGGUGCGUCGUGCCUGCAUGAGAAUGGCAAAGCUUUACGAGAACAAUGCCAUGCAAAAACAUACCCAGUACUACCCGACCACCCCAAUACUGUCGGACGAGGGCACUGAGAAGACCAGGAUCCCGCACGCUGGCAGCCCCGCAAAUCGUCCCCCGGCAGAGACAGAUCUCAACAGCGGACGGAAACGGUCGAGAGAGCCAGAGAGCAGUAGCGAAACGCAAGCGGGCCCCCCCGAUAGUCAGCAUAACCCGCCCGCACCUUCGAAUGGGGGGCGUUCUCCGAAACGGCCACGCAGGCAAUUGGAUGCCAUGCAAGAUAGUGGUGGUGGUGGUGGUUCGGCAGAACAGCCAAACCCAUCCGCAUCUUCUCCGCACAGCCGUCCCAAUGUAGAAAGCCCUUCUUCCUCUUUCUCUCCGCCAAAUCGACACCACCCGAACGGCCAUGUCCCUCCUGCUCCUCCUGGCUCCCACCACCGUCACCCACAUCCCCUUCCACCAGCUCCGCGGCCAUUCCCAACUCGAGAUAGCGACCAGCGUCCCAGUAGCGGCAAAGGCCCAAGUGGAAGCGGAGGAGCACGAGAGCCCGAUCCAAUCCAACAACGCAUCGACGAGAUCGUCUCCCAAAACAUGCCACCCCACGGUGGCCCUCCACCACCUCCUCCCCCAUCCGUAGGCGGAGCGAGGAUCCCCAACAGACGCAACUCUACAGACCGACACGGUCCCGAUCGAUACCGCAAUUACGAUGAUCCCGCGCGACGACGGCGGCCGUCUUUCGGAAGGAGGUCGCAAUCCUUCGAGGAACAGCAUCCGCCGCCGCCGCCGUCAUUGCACCAUCAGCACCAACAUCAACAUCAUCCGAUCCCGCCGCCGCCGCCGCCUCCGGAUCUCCCUCAGCCCCCUCCACCUCCCCCGCCGCCGCCGCAACCAGACUCCCAAUCCAGCAAGGCCAACCAGGACGAUGAAGAUGGGGGUAGCGAAGAAGGCGAGCUUUGA